CAGCGGCGGCUCAAAGCCCGGAUGGAGCAGCCAUUGGGGAAGUGUACAGGGCUUUAACGUAACUGAGGAGGGCUCUCUCUCUGGAAUAAUAAAGACAAAGUAAAAGGCGACCGAGGGCAGAACUAUCCAAGCACCGAAAGGUCCACUCGGCGACACAUAACGUUAACUUGAAAACCCGCACCAGGACUUGACUGCUUUCGGACACAGUAUCCGAGGCGACAGACUUGAACUGUGGAAGUUGGGAUACGUGCACACAGCGGAAAAUAUACAGCUGAGCCUGCGCUACAACUACUAGCCACACGCUAAGCGGCACAACUAGCCACAUAGCUAACUGUAACUGAGCUGUGAACUUGCUUUCAAAUCACGGGGCUUGAACUCCAGUCACAAGCUCAGGCUCUGUGAGAAUCCAGGGACUUGCUUAAUGAAUUAUGUCUGCCACAAGCAUUGACCCUCAGAGAUCAAAGGGACAAGCAUCUAAAGUGCAAAAUGGUUCACUGCAUCAGAAGGAGACUGUCCAUGACAAUGAUUUUGAGCCAUACCUCACUGGUCAAUCAACUCAGAACAACAGCUACCAGUCCAUCACCGACCCCUACCUGUCCAGCUACUACGCCCCCUCCAUUGGAUUUCCGUAUCCCCUCAGUGAGGCUCCCUGGUCCACAGGCGGGGACCCCCCUAUUCCAUACCUCACCCCCUAUGGACCCUUGAGUAAUGGAGACCAUCACUUCAUGCCAGACACUGUGUUUGGCCAGCCGGGGGGCCUGGGAAGCAGCAUCUACCCCCACAGGUUUAACUUUUUUCCUGAAAACCCUGCCUUCUCUGCUUGGGGCACGAGUGGCUCCCAGGGCCAGCAGACUCAAAGUUCAGCCUACGGUGGCAGCUACAGCUAUCCCCCCAGCUCCCUGGGGGGCACCCUGGUGCCUGACGGUCAGACGGGCUUUCACAGUGACACCCUCAACAAAGCCCCCGGUAUGAACAGCCUGGAGCAGGGUAUGGUCGGCUUGAAGAUCGGAGGGGAUGUCACUGGCCAGGGGUCAGGAGUCAAGGCUGUGGGAUCUGUGAUCGGUGGACCGGCGGUGGCAGCCACAGGGAAUGGAGCCACACCUAUUGGAAUGCCUCCCCCCAAACCCACCUCCUGGGCAGCCAUCGCCAGCAAGCCCGCCAAACCGCAGCAGCUGAAAGCUAAGGUGAAGCCUGGGAUGCCCAAUCCAGGGGGUGCUCUUCCCCCGCCACCCAUCAAACACAAUAUGAACAUCGGGACCUGGGACAAGGGCCCAGUGACUAAAGUAGCCACAGCUCCACUGCAGCAACAGCAGCCUCUUGGUCUGCCUCAUGCCAUGCCACCUCAAGCCCCCAUGCAGCAAGGACCCAUGCAGCCCCCACCUCCCCAGUCUUUGGUGCAGCCCCAGAUGCAGCCUAUGGCCUUACAGCCCCAGCCCCACCAUCACCAGCACCAUCAGCCACCACCUCAGCCCUACCAAAACCACACCCAGCCCCCACAACCCCAGACCCGUUGGGUUGCCCCACGCAACCGUAACCAAGGCUACGGGCAGGGUGGCCCUGGCCAUGAUGGUAGUGGUGUGAUGGGUAUGGUUGGUGGUGGGCCCGGUGGCCCCCAAACGUCUGCCAGCCAGGGACCUGGUGGAGAGUCUCACCCAGUGCUGGAUAAGCUCCGUGCCUCCCAUAGCUACAACCCGAAGGACUUUGAAUGGAACCUGAAGAAUGGACGUGUUUUCAUCAUUAAGAGCUACUCCGAGGACGAUAUCCAUCGCUCCAUCAAGUACUCCAUCUGGUGCAGCACGGAGCAUGGAAACAAGAGGCUGGACUCAGCCUUCCGGGCCAUGAAUUCUAAAGGCCCCGUGUACCUUCUGUUCAGUGUCAACGGCAGUGGUCAUUUCUGCGGCGUGGCAGAGAUGCGUUCACCAGUGGACUAUGGCACCAGUGCUGGUGUUUGGGCACAGGACAAGUGGAAGGGCAAGUUUGACGUGGACUGGUUGUUUGUUAAGGACGUGCCUAAUAGCCAGCUGCGCCACAUCCGCCUGGAGAACAAUGACAACAAGCCAGUGACCAACUCCCGCGACACCCAGGAGGUUCCUCUGGAGAAGGCCAAACAGGUGCUCAAGAUCAUCGCCACCUACAAACACACCACCUCCAUCUUUGAUGACUUCUCCCAUUACGAGAAGAGGCAGGAAGAAGAGGAGGAGGUGCGCAAGACUUUUGAACCGUCUCCGAUACAGAACCGCUCUCGGUUGGAUCAGGAGCGCCAAAACAGGAAUAAACAAUAGAAGACAUUUAUCCUUGGCUUGAUCAACAGUUACACUAGGACUUUUGAUUUAAGAGACAGAAGAAUAUGAAAAUGCAACCAAGCCCUUCAUUUUUUUUCUAUUUAAUCCUGGUGAAUCUCUGCCAUUGUCGAGACUUGUGCUUUUUUUGCCCCAUGUACCACCCACUUCUUGUGCAGGGAUAACAAGCUGAUUUAAUGUUUUACCUAGCCACCACCACACUCUCUUUAGUUCAGUUUUUUUUAUAUAUAUAUUUUUCUUCCCGUUCCAUCUCGUACUCUUCUCUCACCAGACUGGUUUUCUCUCUCCUGCCCCCAACCCCGCCUCUUUCCAAUUGAAUCAGGGUUUGACUGCACCAUGGAGAAAAAAAAAUCUGCCACUUUAUAUUUCAGUACAAUCAGGAACGGAUGUGUCCUGCCCCUUUUUGUCCAUUUGGGGGCAACAUUGCCAUGCUUCAGAGGUUUAACUGUGCCAACAGGGUUGGAGGAUCCCAAAGGCAAUGUCGGACUUGGAGCUGUGCGAUAAUAAAACUUCAAUGGUUUAUCUAUUUUUCAUUCAGAUCAACAAAAUCUCUAUUUUUUGGCUUACUACUGACAAUUUUCAUUUCAGAAACCUGUUUUCUGGAGCCUUAAUGUUUUUUUUUCUAAUUAUUGGUGACUUCUCAAAAGAACUGCUCAAACAGUGACACUGCUGGAGAAAUCAGGGAUAGUGUGAAGUCACACGGGACUCGAGACAUUUCUGAGGAGGAAUUGCAAAGGCCUCUGGGAAAAAGAAAUAAUGGAUGUGUCCUCCACAACCAGAACUCUCACCAUUUAAGUCAAAAAUUGUACUAUUGACAUCCCUCACACCCCUCUGCUUUGCUUUCUUUUUUUAUGUUUGUCUUGAAGGGGUCUUUUGUAUGUUUCAUCAGGAGAUUCUGCUUGUGUACGCAACCCAGUCUGAGAGAAUUGUCGCAUCCACCAUUUUAAAUUGUUUUAUAAUCAGAAUUAUGUAAUGAUGUAACUGCUACAUUGAAUGAAUUGUUGCUUUUGCGUUUUUUUGUUCCACAAAGGGGGGGGGGGGGGUUCACAUAUUUGUCCAUUCACCAUCAUUCUGUCUUAAUCCUCUUGUUUUUUGUUUUUUUUCCCCUCAAAUUUGGUUUUGCUAAGUCUAUCAUGUUGGUCGUAAUGCUAAGCUUUAACGUAGGAGCCUAUAUAUUCAUGGAGAAAGCCUAAAAAUGUAUAACCUAAAAAUUAAUGUAACUGAUUUACUAUCGAGUAAGAAAAAAAUAAGAAUGAAAUGUG